AUGGCCGGGCCAUCGAAGGACGAGCAGAUCCCUUUCUCCUCCUUCUCCAAGCUCUCCAUUGUUGUCGCCGACCAGUCCGAGGAUCUCCUCGUCUAUGGCGCAAUCGAGUUCUAUGACUGCGUCACCCCAGCGCGGAGCAUUGCCUGUGAGUGCUUCAAGUCAGGGGACCUCUUUAAGGUCACCAUCGUCACCGAGGACCUCAUUAUCCGUUGCCUUGCCGAGAAUGACACGGCCACGGUCUUUGCCACUGACACCAUCCUAGUAGCACUCAUGUGUGCGCCCCGUAGCAUCCAGUCCUGGGACAACGUCAUUCAACAUGGAAGAUAA